CUCCCCUUCUUCUUCACCACGCACCCCUCUCCUCCUUUUGGCAGCAUCCACUCUCAUAUUAUUGGUGUUCUGGCUGCGGCUGCUGUGUUCCGUGUUUACUCUCAGGGCGACCCCUCCCACAGCGACAUGCAACCCGACCUGCAGGUGAGCAGUUCAGACCCAGCUUCCCUGUUUCCUCCCCAAACUCUCAGUGGAUUAUUUGCUGGAGGGAGAGACGAUGUACUCCAGAUAAAGCGAAGUUGCCUUUUAGGAUUGUAGGAUUCACAAACGGGACGCGGUCCUGCAUCGCGCGUCUGGAUAUGAAGGCAAACGCAGGCAAGGGGAUGAUUUGAAGGCAGCAGUGUGGGCGUAUAGUUCAUAAAAGCAGUCCAGUAUCAGAGGCUUGUAAUCCUGACAUGUGUAAAACCAGUGAGACAGUAACCUGAGAUCCCAUCCUGAGGGAAAACCAGGAUGUGUCCCAUUGUGUCACAGCUUUUAGGCAAGAUCAAUGUUGGAGGCAGCCGUUGCAACCCUGCUGCUGCAGCCUUGCUGCUCUCCCUGUGUCUUGGCCUCCCUCCCUCUGUGGCUACUUGCCCAUCCUACUGCCUUUGUGCCAGUGAUAUAAUUUCCUGCAGUGGCCGCAAUCUGUCCGUGCUGCCCUUUGAUCUCCCAAGCUAUGCCACACGGUUGGACCUGAGCCACAAUGCCCUCACUGUGCUGCCUGCGGAUUGGAUCUCCCAGCCAUUUGACAGGCUCUCUACACUGGUUCUCAGCCGAAACUCCAUUGGCCAAAUUGAGGUGAACACCUUUGUGAUGAUGCCGCAUCUCCUUCACCUGGACCUCUCGUCCAACCGCCUGACAGUGCUGAACUCGUCCAUAUUUACUGGUCUGAAGGAGCUGAGAGAGCUGCUGCUGUUUGGCAACCAGAUCGUUCUAAUCAAUCCAGGGGCCUUCAGUGAUCUUCACAGCCUGAAGAGGUUCUACCUCUCAGGGAACAGACUCAUAGACUUCCCCUUGGGGCUUUAUGAGGAACCAGGAGGGCCUCGUAACCUGACCUUUCUUGAUCUGUCAUCUAACAGGCUCUCCAAGGUGCCCGUCCAGAUCCUACUGUCUCUCACCCGACAAGGUGGAAUUUAUUUGCAGGAAAACCCUUUGGUCUGUGACUGUGCUUUACUCGCCUUGCUGGAGUACUGGAUGUGGAAACAGUAUCGUCCCCUGGUAGACUUCAAAGGUGAAUACCCAUGUAGAGACAAUGCAGGACCAGGGCCUAAUUGUAGCCAGCAGGGAGUGUCGGACAUGCCCCUUGAGACUCAAAUGUACCAAGUAGAGCUGGGUAAAUGGCUAUGGGUGCCAUGUGUGGGGCUAGCUGUGCCUGCCCAGGAUGGGCUGGCAGUGUUCUGGGUUACUCCUGGGACAGUGCUUAAUUCAUCAGCAAAUGAUCCAAGUGACCACCUCACAGUCCUCCCUAAUGGCACCCUCGAAAUCAGAGGAGCACUGUUGGAGGAUUCUGGUACAUAUGGCUGUGUUGCAGCCCGUGGGCGCCACUAUGACCCCAACGAGUCUCUGGAGAUCAUUGUGGUGGUCGGAAACUUGAGCUCUGCCAGUGGCUUGGCACAUCGCAGUGGCGCAGAGCAUUUCAACACUGCGUUCACCACCUUGGCUUCCUGUGUGGUCAGCAUCAUACUGGUGCUGCUCUACCUGUACCUCACUCCCUGUCGAUGCAGAGAAAGCAGGGGUGGGGCAUCAAGAGGGUGCGGCGGACGAGCCAUAAUCCUCUGUUCGGACCCCAGAGAGGUAGAGUCAGGACAGCGGCGGUCAAAUGGAAAGAGGGUAGCUUUCUUAGAGCCUCAGGCAGAGGAUACUAAUAUUGAUGGCCCAAAAACACCAGUGAUAAAUUUCGGCCAUGUUACCACUGAGGGAAUUCUCAAGAAUGGGAGUAGGACAGUGGGACAGACCCUCACAGACACUGCUCAUGUGGUAUAGCAAAAAAAAUAAUCACCUUUUGCAAAUUGUUGUAUUCUUAGAGUCUGGACCCAAGUGUUUUUUUCACCAUUCUGUUUCAGUUCAUGAUGAAAAAAUCCAUUUGAUGUAGUGUGCUGUGAUUCUUGUGAAGUAGUUAUGUACUGUAGGGUUUGAGUGUUUGGUCUAAAGCAGAAAAUGAAGUCUAUUUGUAGGCAGAAUUUCAAUUACUUCUCGACUGUAAGUGGUGUCUGUUUUUACAUUAAGAGUUCAUAUGGAAAUUUCACUGUUGCCGUGAGAAAUUGUUACCGCAAAGAUCACAAAGAUCAUAUAAAUGUGGGUGGUGUUUUAAAUUGGGCUGAGGGGAAUAUUCACCUCUGAUAAGCUGCUAGAGACGUUAAUGGAUAUUAUACAGUAUAUACAUUGUGAAUACUGCCAUCAUGGUGACCCUUGUUAUUUUUAACUGUCUGUCUUGUGCUGUGUCAUUUUCAAAACAUAAAACAGUCAUAUGUAUGAAAUGAUCUGAACUUCGAUGUUCUACAGAUCAAACUGUCUGCUAUGCAUCAUCUUCAAAUUAUGUUAAUCAAAUGUAACCCUGUGGAAGUUGCUUCUUAAAAGAAACAUAUAGUGAUGUUAUCAAGUGGAAACCAACAAAAUGUUUACUUUGUGCUAAGAAAAGCAGACUUUUAUUUGACUGAUACAUAUUUGUUUUGAUGGAAUUCUCUUAAAGGGUUGCUUCACCCAAAUUACAAAAAUAUUUUUUUUCUUCAUUACACAUAGUGAUAUCUAGCCAUGCAGAAAGUUUUAUUUAUUUGUUUAAGGUUCUGAGAUAUCUGUCUCUGAGAUUUCCGCCUCCACACCAGUACAAUGGAGGUAAAAAUUACAUUUAAAGCUGCACUAAUCAAUAUUUGUAAAUUGGAAUCAAUUUGUGUAAUGUGAAUGGGAUCACUUGUAGUCACAAACCCAUAGAGAAUUAACACCAACUCUGCAGUUUCUCCCCCCAGCUCUUCUUAGUGUUUUAUGGUAUGUUCAGACAGAAUGCAAAGCAAAUCUUUGCUUUUUGUGUUCAGUUCAGCUUCUAACGGAACUCAGAACUCACCGGUUCUUUCUGUUAUUUCCCUCCAGUCUCUCUCCUUUUCCCUGUUGUCUCUGUACAUUUAUGAAGCAAGCCACAGGAUAGGCAUGAAUUUUUCAACUGUGUUCUGAGUUGAAACAUCUUCAACUCUCAUUGACAUGUCUUUAUGUCCAUUCACGCCGCCUAGGGCGAAUUUGAGUCUACUUGUGUCUUUGCAUUGACUUUGUAUAUAAUUGCAUCACGUCUAAAAUUCGCUUCAAGUUCUUUCUGAACACACAGUUAGCGUCUUUCAGCUUAUUGGUUCAUUCCCACAGCUCUCAUCAACCACGUUUCAAUUUGUAGAAGGCAGCUAUUUUCAGUGAAAAACCUCUGAUAAAUCCAUUGAACACUACCCGCCCAGCACCAAACAGCAGACAGUCAAAGUUACCGAGUAGCUGGUGAACAUAGUGAAGCAUUUUGCAGCUUAGCAGCCAGAUCCCUCAUGAGUUGGUGGAGACCAAAACAGAGUUAAAAUGAAAGUGAAUAUUGGACUUAAAUUAGUGUAGAGUCCAAAAACAUGACUCUAAAUGAAAAAAUGCUUAUGUUGCUCUGUGUCUGUUGGAUAUGUAAGUAGGUAACUGUUUGCUAACAUGUUCACCAUCAACUUUAUAACGUGAUAAUAUGUCUAUGGUGUGUUUACAGCUUGUUGUGCUGAGGCCAAUAAAAUCAAUUGAUGCUU